UGUGAAUUUAAGGUCAUAAGUUCGAGCCACCAAUUACAUUUUACUUGGGAGCAAGGACUUAACUUGUAAGAGGUGCCGGUUCUCCUAAAUAUAUUAGGCAAAAAAAACUUCAGGCUUGAGAUUUAGUUAGGCGGAAUUAUUUUUUCCUAAUAGUUGUUUGACUUGAUCCAAAUGUUAACCGCUAUCCAAAAUGUUAUUGUCAAACAGGGCUUUAAUGAUAUCUCAACACUUUAUUUAAUUGCAAUUUUUACUUUUUUUUUUUUUUUCCUUUUAAAAAGACGACCAAAUAGUAAAAUAGUGGUACAUGGUACUACUACUAAACAAAUGAUAAAUUUCUGCCAGAAUUUCUGAUGGUUGGCUGGCUGCCCAGAAAUUUCAACAAUCAAACCAACUACUACGUCUACUACUACCACCUCUAUUUGGCUAUUUGGAUACCUGUACCCAUCACUCUUUUUUUUCCUCCACACUCUUUUAUAAACCUCUUCCACCCCUCUUUUUCCUUCUUCCUACCACCCUGUUUUUCUCUCUCCUCCCCUGUUUUCCUGUCCAUUUUCGACAUUCAAUCAAAUUAAAUUCAUGUAACACUAAAACAUCACAAACCACCCUAGCAACUACAUUACACCACCCCUUUUAUGGAUAUCUCCCCUCCGCCACCGCCACCGCCACCGCUGCCGCUAUCGCCAUCGCCACCAAUCCUCCACCUUCAGCACCCGGAAAACAACAGUUUCCCGGUCAUUGCAAUCGCCGUGAUCGGCAUUCUAGCAACCGCAUUGCUCCUAAUCAGCUACUACAUUUUCGUCAUCAAGUGCUGCUUAACUUGGCAUCGAGUCGAUUUCUUUAACCGCUUCUUCUCCCGCGUUAGAGACCCUAGUAACGAUACAGGUUCAUUGAUGAGUCCUACUCUAUCCCCGGACGGCAAUACUGCCGUCCCGAAAGGACUCGAUGAGGCCCUCAUUCGAUCGAUACCAGUAAUAGAAUUUCGGAAGCUGAUUACAGAGCGUAAGCAACACGAUAUUAUUACAUCAGAACCCGCAGCUUCGUACGAGUGCGCGGUUUGUCUUAGCGAAUUUGAAGAGGGUGAGAGAUUACGAGUUAUUCCGUAUUGUUGUCACGCAUUUCAUAUCGAUUGUAUUGAUGUUUGGUUACAAAGUAACGCUAAUUGUCCACUUUGUAGAUCAGGGAUUUCCCCUGCUUCUAUAUUGUACAAUACUCAACAACAUUUCACUCAUUAUCCUCCACCAUUCCAACCCCAGAAACCUUCAAACGACGACGACGACGACAACGAUAACGAUAACGAUAAUGAUACUGAUAAUGAUGAUGAUGAUUUUGUGGUGAUUGAGAUUCAGGGGAAUAAUUUGGAUGAACCCAGAUUAGUAACUAGAGGAGAAUCAGAAGAGAAAAGAAGAGGAAGGAAGAAAUUGGGGCAUGUUUAUAGUUUGGGAGAUGAAUUGAUUGAUAUGAGAAAGCAGGAUGAAGAAUUUGAGGUAGUUCAACCAAUAAGAAGGUCAAUUUCAAUGGAUUUGUCAAAGGAUCGAGAAUAUUGCUUCGAAAUUCGAGAAUAUUGUAGUAGUGAUAUUGAAGUAUGUGAGGUAAGUAGCAGUAGUAGUAACAACAAAGUUAGAAGAUCUAUCUUUUCAUUUGGUUAUGGAAGAAGUAGUUCAUCACGAUGCUCUGUUCAACCAGUUCAUUUGGAUCCAUGAGGUUUUUUUUAAAAUUAUUUUCUUUAAUUUUUUAUAUCAAGGGGGGAUGGGGUUUGAUUAGUGCAGAUGCCAACGAGCUUAAUUGGUUAUAAUGUUGGUAUUACUAUCCUUUGCGGCUUUUUUUAGGCCAAGAAAAAUUGUUUGAUUAGUGUAAAUUAGAAUGUACAAGUUUUUAGAAAUAUGUAUUGGGAAGGGUGUAAGAAUGGGAUAGGUUGUUAUAGAGACAAUUUAGUUGAAAUUUCAUUCAAUUGUUUGGUA